CGUACCAUGUGAUUUUGGCCUUAUUCUUUGGAAUGUGUUCACGUGUUUUAUUUUGAAAAAUUUUUGAGGUUGCUGAUCGCAAUCGACCAUCUUUAUUGUGUCGAAAAUGUUUUUGUUUCAUCGAGUUGCUUUUGUAUUCCUAUAUUUUUGAAUAACUUGGUUGUGAAACUGUGGAAGAUUAGAGAAGUUGUACCUAAAGGGCCAUCUACAAUGGAGUGUUUUAGUCGUAACAACGCUAAAUCUACGACCAUGCUGUCAAUAAUAUAAACGACGUAGCAAUAAUAUACAAGCCGGCUAUCAUAGGGAGGUGACUAAAAACUAACCCCGAACACCUGAACGCUCAUCGUAAGCACCCACUGAAUUGGCUCAAUGUCUGUUGUAGGCCGUAAUCAGUAAAACAGUAACGAGUAUCAAUAAUUAAAACAACUGAAUUUUAUUGAGAUGGAAUCUUCUGAGAAAAAGAAAAGAAAGAAAGGAAUAAUCUAUUUAUCCACAAUUCCGAAAUAUAUGAACGUCACUAUGAUUCGGGAGAUAUUAUCUGCUUAUGGAAAGGUGGAUAGAGUUUAUCUACAACUAGCCAAUAAUGAGCCACAAUCAGUGAAACAUAAGAAAAAGGUGAAGAAAGCAAUCAAACACUUUACCGAAGGUUGGGUGGAGUUUGAAAGUAAGAAAGUGGCAAAAUUUGUAGCAGAAACAUUAAAUAAUACUCAAGUGUCUACGAGAAAGAAAAGCAAGUUCUAUGACAUUAUGUGGAAUAUAAAGUAUUUGCCUAGAUUUAAAUGGAUUCACUUGAGCGAACGUUUAGCUUAUGAACGUGCAGUUCAUAAACAAAGACUUCUAACGGAAAUAGCACAAGCUAAGAGAGAAGUUAACUUCUUCUCGUAUAACGUAGACAGAAGUAAAAAGCUGUGUAAGAAACACGAACAAGGAGAAGAAACGAUGUUUGAAUUGCCUGAAGUUAAGCAAAGAGAUACUGAUAGUGAAAUAAGGAAUAGGAAAGCAAAUAAUUAUGAAGAAGAUAGAUCAGAGUUCCUUAAAUCGAUAUUUGGAUAAAAUUUAUAACAAUCAUCAUUAUACUAUAUUUUUUUUAAAAUAAGAAAGUUAUUUACAAAAAUUCUAAAACAUAAUUGUUAAAAAAUGUGGCGGCUAUGACCAUUAACAAAGUGGCCCUCCUCAAUUAGAAAAAAAAGAACUGUGAUAAAGAACAUAAUGCAUCAUCUAUCAGGUAAAAGAUAAAAAAUCAAUUAUUAGAUUGUUUCGUAACUUCUAUAUAGUUUCAGAGAACUGUAUAGAAGUUACGAAAGUUGUUGAAAUAACUUUCAAUAAAAAAAAUUUACAAGAGGAAGGCAGGCAUAGUUUAAUGAAGAAUUCGAGACAUUAUUAGAUUGUCCACAAUUCACAGCACUGUCACAACUUGUAACAAAUAUGAAUUAUAAUACAAGGUAAUUUUUAUUUUAUGAAAUUAUUUGAUUAAUCAAAUUGAUCAAAUAAUUAUUGUCGAUUGUUCAUUAAAAUUACAUAUUAGAAAAAAAUAUAUUACAAAAUAAUAUAAAUAAAGUUACUGAAUUAUUAAUAAUAUAAAUAAAGUUACUAUUAUAUUAGAAGCAUUGUAAUAGAAGCUGGGAAAAAAUUGAAAUUGUAUACAACGAAUCAAAUGAAGCUUAUGCGACUUUGAAAUAAACGAAUUAAUUUGUUUUGUUUUAA